AGAAUAUUAAAAGAAAACUCCAAAAAGUGGUAAAAGUAAACGGAAACAUUUAAGAUGCGUAGAAGAGCUGCGCAUGGCAGGCUGCUGUUGCUUUGCCUGUGGGCAACAGCGGCGAUGGCGCACAUUCGCAUCGAGGCGCCUGAAGUGCAUUUUGCACCCAGCUAUAAGCCAGCAUUUGUGCGAGCUGCAGUGGAGAGCAUGCCUCUUGAGGAUGAAGCUGGUGCACUCAGCCGGUUCAGCAUUCGCCCGACAUUCGGAGACACUUUUCUGCCACUGCGCAGCGCCGUUGAGAGCGUGCCCAGUAUCAACGAGAAGAACGCGGCACAGCUGCGGGAAUCCUCACCACUGAGGUCUUUUGUGCGUGACUCUGUGGAGGCGCAACCCAGUGACGAUGAGGAUGAGGACGAGUCAGAGUUAGAUGGACUCUCAGCUAGCUAUGUGCGUGAUAUACCAGAGGAGCAGCAACAGGAAAAGCUGACCCAGCUGGUUGAACCCGAUCCCUGGUCAGUUUCAGAUAAAUACGCAGCUUUCAUAGUGCCCAGCGCCGAUGACAACUAUCGACCACAACCUUAUCGCUUCGGUUCUCCGCAUCAGCAACUCCUCAAGGCUGUGGACAUUGAACAGCUGGAACACAUAGACGAGCUCGAUGGCUUUACGGAACAGCAGUAUUAUGGUGCUUUAGCUCAAGCUGAGCUCGCAGACGCUGGUGCCGCUUAUGGUGCCCUGUCCCAGGUGAAGGCAACAACACAAAAGAAGAACUACAACAUGGAACCGAAGGUACUGUGCUACAUGUCCAACUGGGCUUUCUAUCGCAAGGCAGAUGGACACUUUGUGCCCGAGCAACUUGACCCCAAGCUAUGCUCAGCUAUUGUCUACUCUUUUGCCUCCUUGGAUCCCGAUCAUUUGACCAUCCGCGAGUUUGAUCCCUGGGUGGAUAUUGAGAAUCAAUACUACAAACGUGUUAUCUCACUGGGCGUUCCGGUGCUCAUUGCCAUGGGUGGCUGGACGGAUUCCAGUGGCGACAAGUAUUCUCGCCUUGCCGGUGAUGAGAUCAAGCGCAAGGUGUUUGCAUCGAGUGCAACAGGAUUCCUUCAACGUUACGGCUUCAGUGGUCUGCACCUUGACUGGAAUUACCCCAAGUGCUGGCAGAGUGAUUGCACUAAGGGCCCCGCCAGCGAUAGACCCAAUCUUACUAAACUGUUGCGUGAGAUUCGCAGUGAGAUGAAACGCGUUAAUCCAAAGAUGCAAUUGGGCGUGGCCAUUUCCGGCUACAAGGAGAUCAUUAGCGAGGCAUACGAACUUGCUGCGCUCUCUGAGAUCGUGGACUACAUGACAGUGAUGAGCUACGACUAUCAUGGCUCCUGGGAGGGUCAGACCGGACAUGUAAGUCCGCUAUACGGCCGUCCCCAGGACAAGUAUCCGCAGUACAACACGGACUACACCAUGCAGCUGCUUGUGAAGAUGGGCGCUCGUCGUGAAAAGCUCAUCAUGAGCAUACCCUUCUACGGUCAGACCUUUACCCUGGAGCAGAGCAGUCAGCGUCUCAUUGGUGAGGGUGUUCCCACCAAUGGACCUGGCGACGCAGGCGAACUGACAAAACAGCCCGGCAUGCUGGCCUACUAUGAGAUAUGUCAACGCAUUCGCAAGCAAAAGUGGAAAACCGGCAGGGAUUCCGAUCGCAAGAGCGGUCCAUAUGCCAUGUCCGGGGAUCAGUGGGUUGGCUACGAGGAUGCAGCCAGCGUGGAGGCUAAAGCACGCUAUGCAGUCAACAAUGACUUUGGUGGCGUCGCUGCCUGGACAAUUGACUUGGAUGAUUUCCAGAAUCGCUGCUGCAGUGAAUCAUUCCCGCUACUCAAAGCGCUCAAUCGUGCCCUGGGUCGUCUCAAUUCGGAACCACCAACGAGAAGCAACUGCGAGCGACCAGCUCAACCCGUGACUCCGGUUCCGCCUCAAAUGACCACCAUAAGCAGCGACGGCUCUGCCGGAGGUGGAGCUCCUCAGCACGAUCACACCACUUCCUGGCCAAGUUGGGAAGCAAGCAGCAGUACCACCAGCAAACCUUCGACUAGUACUACUACCACCAAGCGACCCAAGACCACAACUACACCAGCCUGGUGGACUUCCACAACAACUAUUUCGACCACAAGCACAACAACUACGACAACAACAAAGCGUCCUGCCAAGCCUAAGCCUAAGCCGACCAAGACAACGCCACGUCCGGAGCAUACGACCAUACCAGUGCCUGCAUUGGUUUAUCCUGUUGUUCAGGCCUCGAACUGCGAGCCUGGAGAGUUCUAUCCGGAUCGAACAAACUGCAAUUCCUAUUACCAUUGUAUCAUUGCCGGUGAAUUAAGACAACAAUUCUGCUCUGGUGGUCUGCACUGGAACACUGAGGUGAAGGGCUGCGACUGGCCAGCGUCUGCGAUGUGCACCGUGAAGAAGCAGCAUACGACCAGCCAGCCAACGAGCACUAGAACCAGCACGACGAGUCAACCUAGCACUACCACUAGCCCACCCAGCACUACGAGUAAGCGACCAACUACAACUAGCAAGCGACCAAGCUCUACCAGCAGCAGACCUGGUAGCAGCUCCACCAAGCGACCAAGGAAGACGACGCCCAAGCCAAGUCGCAAACCAACCCAGCAACCAGCAGUGGGAAGCACUACGAAACGACCCAACCGUACCACGCGACGUCCACGGCCUCCAACCUCAUCGAGGUGCAAUGAGGGAGAAUAUUAUACGCAUCGGAACUGUGGCAAGUAUUACAUCUGUGUAAAUGGAGCCCUCGUUCCUAGUGAAUGUGGUGGAGACUUGCAUUGGGAUGCGCUGCGCAAGAUCUGUGAUUGGCCGCAGAAUGUGCAGUGUGUGACCAGCAAGAAGUAUUUGCGCAUUGUGCAGUCCAAGGCCAGCGAAGAAGAUCCCUGCAAUGGCGAGGAACGUGUUCCUUACCCAGGAGACUGCACCAAGUAUCUCUUCUGCCUAUGGAAUCGACUGCAGGCUGCAGAUUGUGCCCCCGGUCUGCACUACAAUGAGGCGUUGGGCAACUGUGAUUGGCCAGCAUCAGCGCAUUGCAAAGAAGAUGGCGGAGAAACCCCCUCUAUUGGUGGCUCAACCUCCAACAAACCAAAGCCUCCAGCCGCUGCCAAGCCUGUUCCAACCACUCAGAGACCUAGCACCACACCUAGACCAACUUAUCCCACGGACAAGCCACAGCUGCAACCACUCGAUGGUUACUACAAGGUUGUCUGCUACUUUACCAACUGGGCAUGGUACCGUAAGGGACUGGGACGCUACACACCCGACGACAUCAACACAGAUCUCUGCACACACGUCAUCUAUGGCUUUGCCGUGCUGGAUUAUUCCGAAUUGACAUUACGCACUCACGACUCCUGGGCGGAUAUCGAUAACAACUUCUAUACACGCGUUAGCGGACUAAAGAGCAAGGGCAUCAAGGUCAGCUUGGCAUUGGGAGGAUGGAAUGAUUCGCAGGGCGACAAAUAUAGUCGCCUUGUACGAAACGCUGCAGCACGUGCCAAGUUCAUAAGACACGCACUCGACUUUAUUGAGAAAUAUGGCUUUGAGGGUCUCGAUCUCGACUGGGAAUAUCCGGUCUGUUGGCAGACUGAAUGCAACAAGGGAUUCGCAGAUGAAAAGGAAGGUUUCACUGCCUGGGUGAGGGAAUUAUCGGAAGCAUUCCGACCACGUGGUUUGCUGCUCUCGACAGCGGUUUCUCCUAGUAAAAAAAUCAUUGAUGCUGGCUAUGAUGUAGAGGAACUUUCGCGCUACUUUGACUGGAUCGCCGUAAUGACCUACGACUUCCACGGACAGUGGGACAAGAAGACCGGACAUGUGGCGCCGCUGUACCAUCAUCCCGAUGAUGACUACGAUUACUUUAAUGCGAACUACUCGCUUAACUAUUGGAUAGAGAAGGGUGCGCCUUCACGCAAGAUUGUGAUGGGCAUGCCACUUUAUGGCCAGUCAUUUACCCUAGAGAAUGCCAACAAUAAUGGGCUGAAUGCCAAGGCACCGGGACCUGGCCAGGCGGGUGAAUUCACCAAAGCAGCUGGCUUUUUAGCCUACUAUGAAAUAUGUGAGCGUGUAAAACAUCAAGGCUGGGAAGUGGUGCAAGAUGAGCGCGGUCGCAUGGGACCAUUUGCGCGUAAGGGAACUCAAUGGGUGUCCUACGAUGAUCCGUCCAUGAUACGCAAGAAGUCGCAAUUGGUGCGAGCUUUAGAUCUGGGUGGUGGCAUGGUCUGGGCUUUGGAUCUUGAUGAUUUCCGCAAUCGUUGCGGCGACGGUGUGCAUCCGUUGCUUAGGGAAAUUCAUGCAGUACUUAAGGAUCCACCAGGUGGAUAUGAACCGACUCCUGGAUUAAUACCCGCCGAAGCAGAAUCUGUGGAGGAGCAACCCAUUUCUGGAGAGGUGGGUACAGCAUCGGUUGAAAGCGACGGCGCUCAGCAAACUCCGCCAGAAGAAAGCGGCGAGGCUGAAGAUGAGGAAAACGAAGGUGGCGAGGAGCAAGAGCCAGAGGAAGAAGUAGUUGUGAUGGCGCAACCAGAGCCUGCUCAACCGGAAUACUCCUCCCCCGAAGAGGCCAGCAACGAGGAGGUGGAAUCAUCGCAAGAGAACGAAGUGGAUCCCGACGACGACGUUGAAGAGGGUGAAUUUGAAAUGGAACAAGGCUAUCCUGUUGUUGGCGCUGGCACUGGAGAUGCGAAUGACUACAAGGUUGUCUGUUACUUCACCAACUGGGCGUGGUACCGUCAAGGGGGCGGCAAAUUCUUGCCCGAGGAUAUCGACGCCGAUCUGUGUACACAUAUUGUAUACGGUUUUGCAGUGCUUAACCGUGAAAAGCUAACGAUUCAGCCACACGAUUCCUGGGCAGAUUUGGACAACAAAUUCUACGAGCGAGUUGUGGCCUACAGGAAGAAGGGCAUCAAGGUGACCGUGGCCAUUGGCGGAUGGAAUGACUCGGCUGGUGAUAAAUAUGCCCGCUUGGUCAGAAGUGCAGCAGCUCGUGAAAGAUUCAUUCGCCACGUGUUAAACUUCAUUGAACAAUACGGCUUUGAUGGUCUCGACUUAGAUUGGGAGUAUCCAGUGUGCUGGCAAGUCGACUGCAAGAAGGGCACCGACGAUGAGAAGCAAGGAUUCACCGACCUAGUACGCGAAUUGUCUCAGGCCUUCAAGCCAAAUGGUUUGCUACUUUCAGCCGCCGUUUCGCCUAACAAGAAGGUCGUCGAUGCGGGCUACAAUGUGCCUGAGUUGUCGCGCUACUUCGAUUGGAUCGCUGUGAUGGCUUACGAUUACCAUGGACAGUGGGACAAGCACACUGGACAUGUGGCACCCAUGUACGAUCAUCCAGAGGGUACCACGACCUUCAAUGCCAAUUUCUCCAUCAAUUACUGGCUCGAAAGCGGCGCAGACCGCAAGAAACUCGUAAUGGGCAUGCCCAUGUAUGGACAAUCCUUCUCACUUGCUCAAUCAAAUGAUCAUCAGUUGAAUGCGCCAACUUAUGGAGGCGGCGAGGCAGGUGAAGCGACUCGGGCACGUGGCUUCCUGGCCUACUAUGAAAUUUGCUCGUACAUACAAAAACGCGGCUGGAAUGUGGUACGAGAUGCCCGUGGCCGCAUGGGUCCGUAUGCCUACUCGCGGGAUCAGUGGGUAUCCUUCGACGACGCGCCCAUGAUUCGUCACAAGAGUGAAUAUGUUCGUGCUAUGGGCUUGGGUGGAGCCAUGAUCUGGGCUCUGGAUUUGGAUGACUUCAAAAACGAUUGUGGCUGCGAGUCGUAUCCACUGCUGAAGACCAUCAAUCGCGUGCUGCGUGGCUAUAGCGGACCACAUCCCAAGUGUCUGCUGGAAAAGAGCGAGAAAACAAUGAUUGCCGGCGACAAGGGCUCUCUAGUGUCCGCAAAACCAACCGUAAACACCGUAACACCAUCACAAGCGAUUGCAACUUCACCAAAGCCUGAUACUGACCAGCCGCUAGACUGCAAUGGUCGCAACUAUGUGGCGCACGAACGUGACUGCAACAAGUACUACAUUUGCCAGUAUGGCGAGCUCAUCGAGCAGCGCUGCCCCGCUGGUCUGCACUGGAACGAGAACUACUGCGACUGGCCCAACAAUGCGCAUUGCGCUGUGCGCGCAGAUCAGACAACGCAGCCUCCGGUGGUGCAUCGUCCUAAGCCAACCACUACAACGGAGAGUAGCCGUCCUGCCACCAAGCCCACCAAGAAACCCUUUACGCCGCCCAAUAAGAAACCGAUAGCGCGUCCAAAGCCAACGCCAGCGCCACCGCUGGGCAGCAAUGAAGACUACAAGGUGGUCUGCUACUUCACCAACUGGGCGUGGUAUCGUCCUGGCCAGGGCAAGUAUGUGCCCGAGGAUAUCGAUGCCAAUCUCUGCACGCACAUUGUCUACGGAUUUGCGGUGCUUAACAGUAAUUCACUGACCAUUAAGACGCAUGACUCCUGGGCUGAUAUUGAUAAUCGUUUCUAUGAACGAGUGGUGGAGUAUAAGCAAAAGGGUCUGCGUGUCACCGUUGCCAUUGGUGGCUGGAAUGAUUCGCUGGGCAGCAAGUAUGCGCGUCUUGUGCUCGAUCCUCAGGCACGAGCACGUUUCAUUGAGAGCGUGCUGAACUUCAUCGAUAAAUACGGCUUUGAGGGCCUGGAUCUGGACUGGGAAUAUCCGGUGUGCUGGCAAGUGGACUGUGCCAAGGGUGCGCCCGCCGAGAAGCAAGGAUUUGCGGCGCUGGUGCGCGAACUGUCAGAUGCAUUCCGGCCACGUGGAUUGCUGCUCUCUGCUGCCGUUUCCCCCAGCAAAACGGUCAUCGAUGCGGGCUACGAUGUGCCACAACUGGCACGAUACUUUGACUGGAUAGCAGUGAUGACAUACGAUUUCCAUGGCCACUGGGACAAGCAGACGGGUCAUGUGGCACCAUUGUAUUAUGUGGAGGGCGAUAGCAAUCCUUACUUCAAUGGCAACUAUAGUAUACACUAUUGGCUGGACAAGGGCACACCGCCCAAGAAGCUAGUGAUGGGCAUGCCACUCUAUGGCCAAUCGUUUUCACUGGCCAAUCAGAAUGCACGAUCGCUUAACGACAAAUCCAUUGGACCAGGACAGGCUGGCACUUAUACAAGAGCUGGCGGCUUCUUGGCCUACUAUGAGAUAUGUGAGAAAAUUAGCAAUGGCGGGUGGACUGUGGUGCGUGAUGAAGAGGGUCGUAUUGGUCCAUAUGCUUACAGUGGCAAUCAAUGGGUCUCCUAUGAUGAUGUUGCCGACAUUCGUCGUAAGUCGCAAUUUGUACGCAGCCUUAAAUUGGGUGGCGGCAUGGUGUGGGCUUUGGAUCUGGAUGAUUUCCGUGGCCGUUGCGGCUGUGGUAAGCAUCCAUUGCUGCGGACUCUCAAUCAGGAGUUGCGAGGAAUUCCAGGACAACGUGCCAACGAUUGCACUUAAUAAUUCUGUUUUUAUUAAGUGACUAUACGUUUAGUUUAUACACCCGUAUUUUGCUGCUGACUGGGCUCGCAAUCUGUUUUCAAGAUUUUUGCCAAUUAGUUGUAAGCACACACACAUCGAAACAAUAAAUAAUAUAUUUAAUUUUUA